UGCUAACCUACGCCUCUCUUGUCUUCUUCUCUCUAAUUUCCUGGAAGACGGAACUUUCCGACGACUCCGCGACGGAGACUGAAAUCCGCUGACUAUCACAUCUCCUCUACCUUCCUCUCUGACUCUCGCCUCCGCGCCGGAGAGAUUAACUGCUGCAUCAUUUUGAUUGGUCAACAUACGCCGCUGCUGCUGGUGCUGGCGGUGUGUUUAUGCAAGAGGGGGAGGGGGGAAAGAAGAUGGGAGUUUCGGAGAAUUCGAAGGGGCUGAUACUGGCUGUGGCGUCCAGCGCGUUUAUCGGUUCGAGCUUCAUCCUCAAGAAGAAAGGGCUCAACCGAGCUGCUGCUUCCGGUACUCGUGCAGGAGUUGGAGGUUAUACUUAUUUACUAGAGCCGCUAUGGUGGGCUGGCAUGAUUACCAUGAUUGUUGGUGAGAUUGCAAAUUGUGUGGCUUACGUUUAUGCUCCUGCCGUUCUAAUCACUCCCCUUGGUGCAUUAAGUAUAAUUAUCAGUGCAAUUUUAGCACACUUCAUGCUGAAUGAGAGAUUGCAAAAGAUGGGAGUUGUUGGCAUUGUUUCUUGCAUUGUUGGAUCAGUAGUGAUUGUUAUCCAUGCACCUCAAGAGCAUACUCCAAGUUCUGUAGAAGAAGUAUGGAAUUUAGCGACUCAGCCAGCUUUUGUGAUGUAUGUAGCUGCUACAGUCUCAGCAGUGUUUGCUUUGAUUUUACACUUUGAACCACGAUCUGGUCAGACAAACAUGUUGGUCUACUUAGGAAUAUGCUCCUUGAUGGGGUCGAUCACUGUUGUGAGCGUCAAGGCAAUUGGGAUAGCUAUUAAACUUACUCUAGAUGGGAUAAAUCAGAUUACUUAUCCUCAGACAUGGUUUUUUCUCAUGGUAGCAGGAAUAUGUGUCAUUACACAGUUAAAUUAUUUGAACAAGGCGCUAGAUACGUUCAAUGCAACCCUUAUUUCUCCAGUGUACUACGUUAUGUUCACAACUCUCACUAUCGCUGCUAGCGCUAUAAUGUAUAAGGAUUGGGCGGGCCAAGAUGCAAGCAGCAUAGCAUCCGAGAUAUGUGGGUUCAUCACUGUCCUUUCAGGCACUAUCAUACUUCACUCAACAAGAGAUCAGGAACCUCAUCCUUCGUCACGAGGUAAGACGUCUUGGCUUGUUGCUGUUUUGCUAUUUCUAAUCGUUUGGGUAUUAUGGUCAGGAACUACAUAAAUAAAUUCCUGAAAGAAUGAUUUCUGCCCGGUUGGUUGUUUUGUGUUUGACCUCCUGACAGUCACCGUGCAAAUUGUUUCGUGGUUGAUGUGCUAUUGCCUCCCUUCAGCGAGGCAGUCUGCACUUGCUCAUUAUAUUACCUAUAUUCCUCAUUUGCAGGAACCGUGACAUGGUAUGUCAGAAGCGAUUCAUUCAAGAACCCAGACCAGGAACAUUUACUCGACAUUCUUGAAACCGAACCAUAAUAAGUAGUGAUCUUUGGAUCAACACUCAAGCUCUUAAAUUUGCAAGCUAGGAGUGGGGUUCAAUCUUCUGCGUGAGCGCGUCGUGAGAGCAGGCGUACCGAACUUGAUGAACAUACCAGUUUGUUCUCAUUGCAGGAGCAUCGAGAUUAACCCGACGCCAGAAACCAGACCCGUCUCCGAUGUAUAUGUACACAGAGUGGUGGUGUGAUAAUGGUAGGGUGAUUGGUACUUUGGUAGGGCUUGUACUUAUUUUGCCUUUCAGGGUGUUAAUUUGAUUCUUUACCUGUAUUAGGUGUCUCAUUUGUUUGUUAUAGUUAAUAUUUAAUAGUAGUAGACAACUAGGGAUGGCAAUUUCGACCUGACCCGAUUUACCCGACCUGUUUGGCCUGUUUUGGGCGGGUCAGACCCGCCCUGUAGGCGAGGCGGGGCGGGCAUGGAUAUCUCUCAUCGACCCGACCUGUCCUGACCCGCCCCAUUCUCGACCCGUUCUUGCCUAACUUACAUAUAAUCUUAGUCAAAUUACUUAG